UUGAACAUUUUUGCAAAAAUAAUUUUACAUUUUUUAUUUUGUAUAAUGUAACUAUCUGAAAUUUACGUAAAAUAGCUUUAACAAGAGGAUAUGAUUUUGCCUUACAAGACGACAAAAUGGUGUAAAAUAUUAAAUAUGAAAUCAAUGAAGUCAAGGACUGAAGAUGCUGUCUGCUUACGCCAGUCGUUGCUCAUGGAACUGGGUGAAAAAGAGUUUAAUAGACUGUGUCAACGAUCAUCACACUCUGAAGAAAUGUGUUGCCCAAUAUGGAGUGUGCCAAACUAUAUAGCUUUAAUAUCUAGUAAGAAUUCAUGUGAAAACUUAACUAGAGAAGAUGUUACUAACGUUGUAAAUAUUUUAAAGAAAUGUGCAGGUUAUUUUCAUAAUUUUACUCUCAUGGCCUCCUGUGAACUAGACAGAUGCAGAGUGCCUAAAUAUUGUUCACAAUAUGAUGCAGUAUACAACUUAUUAUUCUAUAUUAUUGAUUCAGAUGCCUACUCACCACCUAUGUUUUCGGAGACAUUUGUUAAAAAUGUGAUGAUUUUUCUGCCUUUACCAACAAGUAGCACUAUAAUGCCCUAUUACAUGAAAUUGCAAGGUUCAAAUUUAGCUUAUGGCACACUUACUAUACCAGCCAUGGAACUGGGAUUAAAGAAUGCAUUAUUUGACUUGUGGAUAAUAGAAGACACUUGGCUCAUAGGGCUUGGAGGAUUUUUCGUUUUCAUAUGUGUCUGGGUUUAUACAAAAUCAAUAUUUCUUACAUUAUUGCUGUUUACAGCUAUAGCAUAUUCUCUUGGUAUAGCAUAUUUUUUAUAUGUGUAUGUAUUUAAUUUAGAGUUCUUUCCUUUCAUGAAUCUAUUAGUCAUAGUUGUUGUGAUUGGUAUUGGAGCAGACGAUGCUUUUCUCUAUGUCAAGGUUUGGAAAAUGGUAAGUAAACAACUCAUCAGAGACAAUGUUGUAGUUGAUGAAAAUGGUUUGACUGAUAUUAAGAAUGUUUCAAGUGCUGGUGAGACUAUACUCAUACAAAUUCUUGAAGAAACCUUAAAACAUUCAGUUUUGCCCAUAUUCAUUACUACUUUGACAACUGCAGUUGCCUUUUUUGCAUCAUAUGUCAGUUACAUUCCAGCCAUCAAUUGUUUUAGUGUUUUUGCAGGUACUGCAGUUUUAGUCAACUUUUUACUAAUGGUGAGUUGGUUGCCCGUGUCAGUUUUUAUAUUAGAUGUUAAAUUGUGUAUUGAUAGGUGGCUUAUAUUAAGUUCAAUUAGUAAAGCUAUAUAUGAGGUUGGAGGGGAUAUCAAAGUCAUACUCAACCGAUUUAUUAUCACUUGUAUUAUGCGUUUGCAUUUAUUUUUUAUAGUAUUUUUGGGUGCUUUUGGAGUCUGCAGUAUUAUAGUAGUAUUUUAUUAUCCUGGUCUUCAACUUCCAGAUUCAAAACAAUUUCAACUCUUUCAAACAUCACAUCCUUUUGAGCAGUAUGAUAUUUAUUUUAGGGAUAAAUUUCUAUUUGAAAGAUUUGGAAGAGAUAUAGGUGUGGGUAGUAGAAUGCCUCUUAGAUGGAUAUGGGGUAUAAAACCCAUUGAUAAUGGGAAUCACAUGGAUCCAUUUUCAAAAGGAAAACUAAUUUUUGAUGAUAACUUCAGUAUAUCAAACCCAAAGUCACAAACAUGGUUAUUGAAUUUUUGUGCUAAACUAAAAGCUCAGCCUUUUUACCAACCAACAUUAGGUCCACUCUUACCAAACUGUUUUAUCGAAACUUUCAAAGUGUACAUGAGCAGAAGGUGUAUUGACAACAUAGACAAGAUAAAUAGAACACCAUGUUGUGAAUCAUCCCAAUUUCCCUACACUAAGGAAGUUUUUGAUUUCUGUAUUAUCGAAGCAAUGGAAUCUCUAUAUCAAACUUCUCGCGCACUUUUUAUGCCUGGAGUUGCUGGUCCUAAAUUUAUGAGGACUUCGUAUCCUCCCACAGUAGCAGCUAUUGUUGUGGAAUUCGAAAGUGUAGUACCAUAUUCAAUGUCUUACACCGCAAUGAAUGAUUUUUUUAAUAAAGUUGAAAACUGGACGAAACAAGAGUUAGAAAACGCACCUCCAGGGAUGUCAUGUGGAUGGUUUUUAUCAGAUCUACAAUUUUAUGAUCUGCAAAAAACUUUAGCAGGUGGUACUGUAACGGCGUUAUUAUUGUCUGCUGCUCUCGGUUUUAUAGUACUUUUACCAUCAACAUUUAGCAUUGUCAUUAGUGUUUGCGCUCUCUUAGCAAUGAUAUUUUCUUCAACUGUUACAAUAGCUAUACUCGUGCUUAACGAUUGGAAAUUAAAUAUAUUAGAAAGUGUGGCUAUAUCUACAUCUGCUGGGUUAGCAGUAGAUUUUAGUCUACAUUAUGCUCUAAGUUUUACAAAUGCGAGUGGCACAAAAUCUAGUAGGGUUAAAUUUGCACUAUCGACUUCCGCGGGACCGACUGCUGCAGCCGCACUGACUACUGGUUUUGCUGGUAUAUUUCUAUUGCGGUCGAAUCUCCUCCCAUAUUCUCAAAUAGGAACUUUCUUAGCUUUAAUAAUGUCUGUAAGUUGGACUUAUGCAACUUUUUUUCUUUGUUCGUUACUUAAUAUGCUUGGAAGAAAUUCCCUAAAAGAAGUACCGACAGAAGAAAGAAAAACAGUGUCUCGUGUAAGUUCCAUAUGUUCGGCUGUACCCAAUUUGGAAAGCCACGAGUUGGAACACUUAGCAGAUAGUAAUCGUACAAAUAUUACUCAUUCCCACAGUCCAUCUAGUAUAAGCGCGACAACUGUAGUUUUACAUGAAGAUUUUGAAAACUCUUUAAAUAAAAUUGAGAAAAAAUCUUCUGUUGACUUAAAUAUGGACUGAAUGUUAGACUUUUAGAUUGUUAAUAAGAGCAUUGGCUCUGUUUUGAGGUAUUAUAAGUAAUUUAACAGUAUUAUAUUAUGCAGAUAUUUUUUGUAGUGCUCUAUAUUUUCAAUUUAUGACUUUAUACUUUAUUAUUAUCUCGUUAUAUUUCUCUAUUGUAAGAUGUUCAUUGAAAUCUGUGAAAUAUCAAAACGUACGAAUGUUUAUGGUGACAAUAACUAUCACAUACUAGUUCACACGACAAUAUAAGAUCUAAUCGAGCUUGGACACUGUUUAAUAAUCUGAUAUUCUGCUUAAUUAUGUUACAAUGCAGUUUUUCGAUAAAAAAAAAUACGGUCACUAGUUAUUUAAGAAGGUCAUGUCAAUUUGCACAUGCUCGUUAAGUAGACUUGCAAAUGAUAUUUACUGUAAAUAACCUACAUAUUAUUAAUUGUUAAAAUUUUUGCAAAAUAUUUUUAAGACCAACGAAUUAUUAUACUAACUUAAUUCGAGGUGGUUUGUAUUAUUGUACGCUUAAAUACAUGCCAUUAUACAUCGCCAAAGUUACUUAUAAUAAUAAUGUGUUAAAAUUGUAAUUUUAUAAUAAUCGCUUUUGUUGACUGUACUAUAUAAAUUAAAUUAGAAGGCGGUUCUUCGUUUGUCUUAGCGUGCUUAGCGAAGCGUUUUGUUUGGUCAAAUCAUUUGAUUGAAAUAAUAGUUUGAGUGGUGAGUGCACAUACCAGUUUUAUUACAGGCACAAGGGAUUUUAGUUUAAUUGGUUGAAGGUUUAUUGGCGACAUAAGAAGUGUUUUAUGUUUUCCAUAGUGUCAGUGUCUAUAGGAUAAGGGUCCACUUACAAUCUGGUGGCCUAUUUGUUCGUUUGCCUUCCUAAUUCUAAGCCUCCCUAAAAAAUGAACCCGCAAAUAACAUUAAAUAUGGCUGUUGCAGUACUUUUUUAUAAUACCAACUUUUUUUUAUUGGUUCCAACCUUGAGAACUAAGAUGUUAUGUCCCUUUUGUUUGUUGUUACACUGGCACACUCACCUUUCAAACCCCUAUACAACAAUACUAAGUAUACAAAUACGCAAACACACUAUGCCAAAUGAAGUGCCGGCAUAGUACUUAUCUCGUAUUUUUGGCGCAAUUACUACACUAAUGUGACAUUAAGAGUAUUUAAAAGUUAAAAAACUGAGUACAUUUUUGGAUUACCACAGAAUUUGAUAAAAAUAUUGUACUUAUUUGUCAUACACUUUUAAUUUACAUUUCUACAUAAUUAUAUCUAUAAUGUCUCUUUGUAUUGAUUUUUGGUUGUGGUAUCGAUAGAAAUACCGUGUAAUUUUACAAAAAAAUAAUACAUGUUGAAACUGUAUUUAUAUUAAAAAGUAAAAUAAGAAAAGUAUUGAUUUUUAUAUAAAACGAGAAAAAAAAAAUGAAGUAAAUCAUGACGUAUAUAAGCAUAUUUGGACUUGUUCUUGUCUAGUUGUGCGAAACUCAAACAUAAAUUAAGUCGCAAUGAUUAACUAAUUUUGAUUUGGUGCUUCUUAUUUUAAGAAUAACUGACGAGCAUUUGAUUUGAUUUAUCAGACAAUUUAUAUAAUAUUAAGAUUAUGGUCAAUGUACCUCUGCUAAACGUAACAAUCUUUCUAAGACGAAGGUAUAUAUAUUUUUGAUUAAACUCGUUUCAUCUAGAAGCCUUUAAUUAUAUAUUUUAUUUAUGUUAUAAAGCAUGCGAAACGGUACAUUCAAAGACCUGAUAAUUGUGUUAGCAUUUAAAAAUAUGUGUCCUACUUCCAUAUAUUUGUUUAAAGACGCUUGUAACUUUGUUUCCUAGUUUAAUGAGUACUUAAUUACUUAGUAUUUGUAAUGUGUAAAAAGGACGGAAAUAAAAUGUUAAUUU